GACUGGGGACAAUUGUUUUACAGGAGACAGAACAAUCAGAGCAGCUGUAAUUGAAGUGUCAACCAUAAGUGCUUGUCUAACUCGCUAUUUAACAUUGAACCAUGAUGCUGCUGAAGGAGAUUAUCGUUCUUGGGCUGGUUCUUUCCUUUGCUGCCGCUGAUUCUGACCCUAGGGAUAAUUUUUGUUCCUGGACGUGUGUAGUUCACCAACAUGAAACCGACAAAUGUGUGCUGGACAAUGGUUGCUACCAGCUGGAGCAAGGCGUAAAGAAGAACCAAUGUUUCGACAACUGCCACAAGAACUCCGCGGUCGAGAGGUGCUACACCAAGUGCAUCAAGCGCUACGACAAGUGCCUGAUCAGGUGCAACCAUGACUCGACUUGCUUCGACAAAUGUGUCACGGUCAACAACAACAACGGAACACGAAAACCGAAGAAGGAAAAAAAUUAAAAUACUAAAUAUCUUUUCGUUUAGAUACUAUUUUAUUCCGCUUACUUGUAAUAUUAAAAAAUGAACUUUAAAAAUGGUUGACGCAAGCAAAAUAUUAGUAAUUAAACCAAAGUUGGCUGACGCAUGAUAUUUUACAGUAAAACAGCGAAUGGUGAAAGAUUUUUAACGCAUUUUAAAAUAUUUGAGUUAAAAUAUUAAAAAGAAAUACAU